AUGACAGCUCACUUGGACCUCAAGCCAUUGACCUUGAAUGACAUUCCGGAUCCAGAGUCUCCAGAAUUCGCUCAAUUCGUCGAUUCCUAUUUUGCUGCCGGCACUAAGUUGGCAGACACGAUAAAAUCAUGGACGCCCCACUCAUCAAAGAAGGGAGUCGAGCUGUCAUCACUAAAGUCCUCAAAUGAUCAGAUCCGCAAGGCUCUCAACAUUUCGGAAUUCUGGUGUGCCCGCACAUCAUAUCACACAUCAGAAUCGAUGAAAGCAAUGGCAUCGGGAGGCAAAAGAAUCGAGGAGCCUAACAAGGGAUCAAAUGUCAACCACGGACAGACCUCCGCGGGCACAUCAGUACGAGAAGUGUACGAACGCUUUCGGAGUGGCCUGUUCGAGAACCACUCAGAGCACGAGAGGCAGUAUAUCGAGGCAUGCCAAGAGGCAGAAUGCCUCCAGGUCUUCAAACCACAGGUCGCAGAGGUCUGGCGCUUGACGUACAGCACGCCCCCGCCUUCGUCGCCACGAACUUUCGUUGCCUUGUUACUAUGUCGCGAGCUCGAUUCGACGCCAGGUCAACGGUCGUUCAUGAACAUCUCUGUCCCAUUCUCACAUCCGUCUUGCGUCGAGAAGCAGGGACCGGAAAAGUCCAGAGCGCGCGGCAGAUAUGUGUCUGUUGAGCGUGUAAUCGAGCUUGAACAAGGCGGAAAGGUUGAGUGGAGGAUGGCCACGAGUAGCGACGCCGGAGGGAAUAUCCCCCAAUUCAUCACCAACGCCUCGUUGCCGUCACAAAUUGCCAUUGAUGUACCUAGCUUUAUCAAAUGGGCCAUGGAGCGCUUCCCCGAUGAAGCUGUCACGACGACACAGGCGAAUGCCUCAGCCUGA